AUGUCAGCAGCUAGAAAUACCGAAUCCAUGUCUAAUCAGGGCGAAUUCCAUAGCCGCGUGCCGCCUGCGGAACCUCUCACAACUACCGGGCAUAAACCUGGCGUUAAGGUCGGCAACGAUGCCGUGCCAGAGUUCCACGCUGAAAAGUAUCCUUCUGGCACCGCGCCCCGGGAAAACACCUUUCAACCCCGACCCGAUGGCGAGAGACCAGCUGAGGCUCCGAACGUCGGGUCCCAAAGCUUGACCGAUCCCGUGGAUAGCCUCGGCGGUACUACAUCUCAAGCCGUCCAUACCGGUCUAGGUAAACCAAUCCAAGGUCAAUCGGGAGCUGAGCUGCACGGCAGUCUACAUGGUGAUCAUACCAACCGACGAAAGAAGGAACAUGCUGGGUUAGAAGGUACUGGGGCAAGUGUUGGUGAUAGCGUCCGUCAGAAAGGGGGAGACUUACCUGAGGGCGUGGGGAAAGGCAUGAGAGGGAAGGGUAGCACCGAAUAUCCUUCUGCAGCAGACCGCGUCCCGACUAGUGCGGAAGAGUUGGCGGCAGAGACCAAGGUACCGGAGCGCGCCUACGAUUACACGCAAUCUGGAAACUUCAAAUAG